GUAGCUGGUAAUUUAUUUUACCAUGGACUGAGUCUAAGUGCAUGCGAUUCGAAGGGUUUUUGUAUGUGCGAGGAUCAUCAGCCUGGCGAUUGUCUGCCCGAUUGUGACAAUUGCAUGGGUUAUUAUUAUUGUGGCAUUAAUUCCAUUGAGCGUAGAAAUUGCAGUUAUGGCGAGAUAUUUGAUAUCGAUUUGAAAGCCUGUCGUCCAGGUCUAUGUCCUAGAUACGAUGGUGAAUGCUCGGCAGUGACAGAUACUCCAUCGACUCCAGUUACCUCACCAUUGACAUCGACAUCGACAUCGACAUCGACAUCGACAUCGACAUCGACAUCGACAUCGACAUCGACGUCGACAUCGCCAUCGCCAAAUCCAAAUGAUUGCCCUAAUGCAUCAGUUCGUUGCAAUUAUCAUGGCCAAUUGCUGCCACAUGCCGAACAUUGCCGUUUCUAUUGGACAUGUGUGGAAAAUUGUCCUGUUUUGGGUUUCUGUGAGCUCGGCAAAUGGUUUAAUCGUGUGAAAUAUGUUUGUGAUUUUCCAUGGAACGUGAACAAUUGUCCAGUAAAUGUAGAUUAGUUUGCAAUUGGAAUAUGUGUCAGGGCGACAGUAUUUUGUGUCUAAGUGUGUGUGCAUGU